CUUUCUCUCUCUCUCUCUCUCUCUCUCUUCAUGCAAAGUCUCAAGCUGACCCACACGGUCGAAAGUUUCCAACGCUUCAGUCCCGUUCCAACACGGACGUGUCCGAACCACAUCCGUCUUAACAACGACAGAUGCGGAGCUGCAACUCGUCCUUUUCUUUUCUUCUGGGUGCAUUUUGAUCUCUCUGUUCGUUGGCUUUGGGUGGGGAGCUGACUCGGAGCUGCCGUGUUGAUGACUUAUCUCUCGGACUUGGUAGCUCCCUGCUCGAUCUUUUUGAAGUCUUGCCAAGUGGGUCGCUUCUGGUUUGCCUCAAAAUCGGGAAUUUGAUUGAUUUCGCAGCUGAAGUCUUAUGUGAAGCGCCGUGAAGUGAAAGGGUCCGAGCUAUGAAUUGCUUUUCGUUUUUAAACGGGGACAAGAAGGAAGAUGUGAAAACUCCAAAGUGGGUUUCGGCUCAGUCCACGGCUUCUAUAUUUACUGAUUCUGAUUUUAAGAUAACUGGCUCUGAAUUGAAUUCUCGAAACCUCUCCGAAGCAAGCGCAGAAUCUAUAGGGAGGACUGCCUGUCCUAAUGUUUCGCAGAAACCCAGCAAUCUCAAAGCCUUCACUGUUUCAGAACUCAAAUCAGUCACCAAGAACUUCAGCCGCUCUGUCAUGAUUGGAGAGGGUGGAUUUGGGUCUGUUUAUAGGGGUACGAUCAAGAUUACGGAAGAUCCAUCUAACAAACUUGAAGUGGCUGUGAAGCAGCUGGGCCGGAAAGGAACCCAGGGACAUAAAGAAUGGGUGACGGAAGUUAAUGUUCUCGGUGUGGUUGAGCAUCCAAAUCUUGUAAAAUUAGUUGGAUACUGUGCCGAGGACGAUGAAAGAGGAAUUCAACGGCUUUUGGUAUACGAGUAUAUGCCGAAUGGAAGCGUUGAUGAUCAUUUAUCAUCUCGCUCCCAAACACCCCUUCCAUGGGAAAUGAGACUAAGAAUAGCUCAAGAUACUGCUCGUGGCCUGACAUACUUACAUGAGCAGAUGGACUUCCAGAUAAUUUUUAGAGAUUUCAAAUCAUCGAACAUUUUACUGGAUGAGCAAUGGAAUGCUAAGUUGUCAGACUUUGGAUUAGCAAGACUCGGACCUCAAGAGGGUUUCACUCAUGUAUCAACGGCGGUUGUGGGAACCAUCGGAUAUGCUGCUCCUGAAUACCUGCAAACUGGCCGUCUCACGUCGAAGAAUGAUGUAUGGAGUUAUGGGGUUUUCCUCUAUGAACUAAUCACUGGUAGGCGUCCUUUAGACCGUAACCUCCCCAAGAGUGAACAGAAGCUUUUAGAAUGGGUGAAGCCAUACCUAUCAGAUUCAAAGAAGUUUAAGUUGAUAGUGGAUCGCAGGCUUGAAGGGAAAUACCAGGUCAAGUCUGUGUACAAGCUUGCAACGGUAGCCAACAAAUGCUUGCAUAAAAACCCAAAGUCACGCCCUAAGAUGAGUGAGGUGUUAGAGUUGGUGGACGAGAUUGUGAGGGAAUCAACUGGCAUGGACUCAUUGAAUAGUUUUACAUCAGUAGAGACACAAGGGGAUACUGGAACGAAAAAUAAGAGAAGGAUCGUUGAUUUUAAAGCUUGGGAAAAUGGGUGGUUGGGUCGGAUCUGGACACUGAAGGUUGCGAGGACGUGCUGAGAAGCAAAGGUUCAAUGUAAAUAGGCAUGGUUUAUGCAAAAGAAAGCAAGAGUAGAAAAAAAAGGCAGCAUGGCGUGGAUGGAACUCGGGUUCAACACAUUGUAGGCACAAGAGACCAAUAAUUAUUGGUUGUGCUGUAAUAUAUUGUUCUCGUAUAGAGAAACUCAUCUGAUGUAGAAGUAAGAGUAUCGCAAUCUGGAGCCUGGACAUGGAAGGCCUAUGAUGAGAGAAGAGUCAAAACUCAUUAUUUUGGCCACAAAAUAAGGAUGACCUGGUACAUGAAUGCAAAGUUGAGGAGCUUCCUGUAAAAUGUAGAACAGGUAUUGAAAUUGUUGUGCUAUGUGAUCGACACAAAUUUGUUUUCCCUUGAGUUCUGAAUCAAUGUCAAUCUUUUUUUGGAAAGUAA